AUCGCCGCGAGCAUGUGGUGCGCGAAUAAUCGCUCGUCAAGAGAGAAGUGUCAUUAACCUGGUGCGUGUGUGAUGGGCAAGUUCAGCUCCGGAUGGCUCGGUGGCAAAGAUGAAGAUCCGGAGGAGAUAAAAAGGAAGUUGAGGAUCAAGGACCUCGAUCAAAUACGAAGAAAUGCCCUUGGACGCAAGCGCGAUUUGCGAUGCAAGGAUUCUAUCAUUUGUAAACCAAAGUCAGGCUUCAUUAAAACUCUGAAUCAAUUUGCUUCUCAGAGGAGAAAAAUUGAAGAAGCCACACAAAUUACUUCUAACUUAAUAAGCAACAAUAACAAACCUAGAAUUAUUAAACAGGAAGUAAUUCAGCCAAAAGAUAUAAAAGGAUUCUUCAGAGCAGGAGUUAAGGGAAGAGAAGUGCAUCGUUCUGAUCCAGAGUUUGAAAAAUUCAGAAAUGGAGUCUUACAGAGUGAUGUUUUACAGAUACUUCAAAGUGGUCAUCCUUGCCACAGAUCUGAUGAGAAAAGACAUCCAAAUAAAAGUACAAAGAGUCCUAUAGAAGAUGAUCAUGCAGAUUUGAAAAUGGAAGUAGCAAAAAUCUUGAAUAAUUUCAAUUCUUCGGAGAGUAGCAGUUUUGAUUUGGACAAUCCUGGAGUAAUUGAAUUUCCAUCUAGUCCUGUGAUAGGAAGACGUAAAGGUGCUAAAAAAAGAAAUAAUCAAGUAAAAGUAUCUGUUAAUGAGGUACAUCAAAAUGUGCAUUCUCAAGAGAAUGAUAUUUCGCUUGUAAAUAAUAUUAACAAAGGAGAGAGAUAUAGGAGACGUUUAUUCGAUGAGACAGUAGCUGGUGUAAAUAAUAGAUGUAAGGAAAUCCCCAGUAGUGUGUUAUGUAAUAAUGAAUUAUCCAGAAAUUCUACACCAGAAAAUGUGAUAUUAUAUUCUAAAAUGAUAUUAAAACAGCCUGUAAAUAAGAUUAAGAAACAUCCAAUAAUAGAUCCCUCAGAUCCAAAAAUAAUCGAAUCCUAUGUACAGAUUUGUAAAUUUAUAGGCACAAAUGAUCUUAAAAAUAUGUUUAGGAAUGAGUACAAAGAUCCAGAGGAAAGUGCAAGAGAAGCUCUAAAAUUAACUUACAAAAGAGUGUUAAAGGAUUAUUUGCAACGUCAGUAUUGCCAGCAAUCAAAAUCUGCCAAUCAAAGUACUCCGUCUAGCAACUCCGAAAUUUUGCUGGAACCAGAUUCGGAUAUCGCGAGACGAGUGAAGAAAAACAUUGCAUUCCUAAAGCAAAAAGAAUCAACGACGACUCCUACUAACUCCACAGAUUCUACUAAGAAUUUUGUAAAUAAAGUUAACGCACGAUCACUGGCAAAUACCAUUGAAAAUAAUGUCACAAAAAGGAAACAUGCACCUUCAUCCAAAGGUAGCGAACCAGAUGUAGCUUCUUCAACGCAAGCUAUUGUAGAUCCAAAAAGCGUGAGGGCAGAAUUAACUAUGAAUAACAUUCACCCAGAUCGUCAAGAGCUCGUCGCUCGUUUUCUCGGAGAUCAAAAGAGUUUUACUUCUGAAUAUAGUGAGGAACAUCAGGAACGCCUUGUGCGCAAGGAAAAAUUAUAUAUUGAUAAUAGCUCUAAAGGUGUCCACUAUAUACACAAAAGUACUAAAUACAUUCCUGCAAUUUUAAGAAAAAAUCGGUCCUUGGUAGACUGUAUUGCAAAAGAGAAAGCCACCAUAUUAAGCAUUGAAGAGCAUCCAAGCCAGAGAAACAAGUCAUCAAUAUUAGAUUUGAACUUAGACAAUAUAGAAAGUGAACGUACACCAAACACAAUAAACGAGUCAACAUUGGAAGCACCAAAAAGUAAAUACAGUCAUAUGAAUGCAAAGUAUAAUCAACCUUCUAGAAUAAAUAUUCCAAUAGUACGAGAUAAUAGACAUAAUAGGAAUUCAGUACCUGUAAGGUGUUCUCAAGGAUUUGCAUCUCCAAACAGUGUUCAGAAAAACUUUAUCCUUUCGCAAACCUACAAUCUAUCUCCUAUAAAGCAGCACCAAAGCUACUCUCAAAAUGUCAGUCACGACUUCCGCUUCUGCCAGUUGUCUCAAGAAAGCAAAGCUUUAGAGAAUGGAAAUGGUAUGACUCACAUGGUUAGCUUCGGUGAUAUUCAAGACAGAACCAACCGUUUGACCAUUUGUUCCCAAAAUCAAACCUGCUCACAAGAGAACACGGAACAUGCUUAUGCCUCUCAACACUCUCAUCCCAACUAUCAUUAUCAGCCAUGCGAGACAACAAACAAUUGCAGUCUGUACCAGAACCAGCCCCAUAAAGCUUUUAUUGAACCUUCAUAUGACAGACCGAUCUGUGAUUGCUCGACUUCCUUAUGCAGUAUGCACCAGCCGGUUUACGUUCCACAAAACGAGUACCCAAUAAUACCUCACAGCGAGUACUCGUUCCAAGAGUCAAACACUUGCAGCUGUUGUCAUCAGCAAAACUCCUUAGAGACGAUGAAAAACUGCAUGAUACCAACACGUCAACCAAUCAAGUAUCAUGCAGCUGAGGGCAACCGACGUCAACCGAUUUACAAUCCCAAUGAAUCCUGUUCAUUUGUGCACAAACAGUCGUGUUACCCCACCUCUCGUGCAAACGAAAGCUCCGAUUUCGAGUAUCUAGAUAUGCUGAAGAUGAACUACGGAGGUGGUGGCGAUCGCCCGCAGAGCUUUGCUCCACUCAAUGGCAACCAGAGAUACAUUGUUCAGAGGCAGAUGCCACCGUCGCCACCGCCGCCUGUUUGCCAGCAGGUCGCCUACAGAUACAAACAUCCCAAUGCUAAUGAGGCUUGUAAAAUGAGCGAUGCAUACUUGCAUCAACUGAAUCGACAUAUGCACUCCAAGAGGCAAUGAAACGCAAGUGCGCACGCGUGUGUAGUUUAUGAAUUUCGCAAUCAUCGUGUAUAAUGCGUGAAAAAUGAACUGAUAAAUAUAUAUAUAUGUGUGUAUAUAUAUAUAUAUAUAUAUAUAUAUGUGUGUGUGUUGUGUAGUUGAAGUAAUGUUUGCAAUAUUAUGCGAGGUAUAAAAAGAAGUAGAUGAAUUAUUUUCUGUUAUAGACUCUGAGCACAGUUCGUAUUAUUUCGGAUAAAGCUACCUAUAAGUGUAUCUCUAUUGUAACAAGUAAGCCUGG